GUGGAAGGGAGCUGCAGUGCCUUCGCGCCCAGGGGGGUGUUGUCGGGGUUAGCUGUCUCCUGAGUCUCCUGAGUCCCAGCUUGAGGAGAGGUGAGGGCACACCAACAGCAGAUGUGAAAUGAGUGGAAAGGACCUUCGAGGAUUUAUUACAACUUACCGGAGCAACGAUACAGAGAGCUUAGUUGUUCGUGUGAAAAAUGGUCUUAAGAAUCCAAAGUAUAAACCUGUUGACUAUGAACAGCUGCACACAAUUACUGAAGCUAAGAAGUUACGAUCGGCUGAUAUACUUUUAAAGAUCAAAAAGACAGAGCAAGCCUCAAAAAUUAAUAAAGAACAAAUGCUUCUGAAACAGCACUGCCAAGUGUGGUGGCAAGAACACAAAAGACUUCAUGAAAGCAGGCAAAAACUAGAAUCGGAAAUACAGACUUUUUUUGAUGAAGGAAGUGAAUGUUUUUUGGACUUGUGGGACUUGCGGUAUAAGUUAUCAAAAGACCUGGAUACAUUUCAAGCAAAUACAGUAGAACCUAUCUGGCAACUAAGAGAGGACUUAAAAUACAGACUGUCAAAAAUACAGACCAGCUGUGAACAGCAUCCCUAUCCAGAAUUCCCAGAUGCAGUGUUAGAACAGGUCGAGUCAGUGAAGAAACAACAGACACACAUUUUGGAAAGGCUUCACCUUGAAAGAAAAUCUUUGGAAAAAGAUCUAGAAGAUUGCACAGCUGAAAUAUUAGCACGGUCCUUUGAAGAAAGGGCUGCGCUCUUUCACAAUAUCCCUCCACAAUUAUUGACCUUGGAAUGCCCCUAUCCUGAUUUGAAGGACUCCAUUUUUAUGGAAUUUCAUAAACUUGCUGAAGAAUAUUGGCUGAAACUCCAGGAGGUGGAUCAAGAGUUAAAACUCAUGUCGAGGAAUUUCCAGUGGAAUGCAGAAGAUCUCUGGGUUUAUCAGGUGGUGGUUAGUCAGUACCCAAGUAACCUUCAGGGCAGAAGAACACUCUACUUAGAUAUGUUGCAGAAACUUCUUUCUCACAAGACUAGGCAAAAUCUAGUUGCUCAUGAAAGGGCUUGGGAUCAGUAUCAUUUCACUAGGAAUCAGUGGAGAGCAUUGAUGUUCAACUGGAUCCAGGCUAGAAAAGCAUUUUUACUGAAGGCGGUAAUGACUAUUGCGGAAGCUUGUGCCGCUCAUGAGACAGACAUUAUGUUGGCUAAUAAUAGAAGAAAACAACAGGAAAUAUGUGCGGAUCUCAAAGAAAAGGUUCUACAGUGGCGGGUGCAGCAAGAAGAGGCUGCCCGACUGGAAGCUGCUAUAGCUGCCAGAAGAAAGGAGGAGGAAGAUGAGAAAGAGAAGGUCCAGAAAGAAAAGGAAAUGCUUCAGAGAGCAGAGGACAAAGACAAAGUGAAAAAGUUUUGGGCUGAAAAGCAACGCAGGAGGCAGGACUUAGAAACAAAAGAUCUACUACGUUUGGCGGAAUUUAAGAAAUUAAUGGCUGAGCAAGCCAUUAAAGACAAAGAAAGAGUUCAGUUUCGACAAAAGCUGCUGGAAAAGCGCUUGAUGGAGAAGAAACAAGCAUCCCUUCAAGAAGCCCACGAGGAGAAAGAAAGACAGAGACGUCUUGAUGUUCUUAGGCAACAGGUUGCCAUUGUUGCAGCGUUCGAUCCUGCUCGAAUGAUGGCUGAUACAGUGGCAUCUAAAGCUCGGAUGGGCAUUGGAACAGAAGAAGAAUUCAUUCUGCUAAAGCCUCUGUUUGAAUUGCGUACAUUCACUGAUGAUCAGAUAAUUUCUGAUGCCCGGGUUCGUGUGGAACUAGCUCUUCGUGAAGCUGGACUUCAUAAAACCCUUUACGCCCAAGAAAUUUUACCCAAAAUCCUUCCACCCAAACCACCAAGGAGAGACAUGAAUUCCAUAUUAUUUAAAAUGUAGAACUGGGAAUGAAUUAAGAAUCUUU